GUUUCUAAAUUUGAAGACUAUAAGUACGUAUGCUUGCUUGUAUUUUUAUAAGCUGUCAAUUUUAUUCGUUUGUAGCAAAAUUAAUAGGGUUUUUCUCCUUGCGUUUACUUUCGGUAAAUGGGACACAAACGCGCUUCUAAAUAAUAAUUCAAUAUCUUUAGUUCCUCAAAUAGAAAUGUCCACACCGAAUUUCCUUUUGAGCAAUGGCAAAAAUAUGCCUAUGGUCGGCUUGGGAACAUGGCGUAGCCCUCCUGAGGUGAUCACAGAAGCAGUGAAGGAUGCUAUUGAUAUUGGUUAUCGGCACUUUGACUGCGCUCACAUUUACGGAAAUGAGGCACAAAUUGGCGCUGCGAUCGCCGAAAAGCUUAAAGAAGGCGCCGUAACACGUGACCAACUAUUCAUAACAAGUAAACUUUGGAAUACCCACCAUAGACCAGAUCUAGUGCGAAAUGCUUGUGCUACAAGCAUACGCAAUCUAGGCGUUGACUAUCUGGAUCUUUAUCUCAUGCAUUGGCCAAUGGCAUAUAAAUCCGGCGACAUUCUUUAUCCCACUUGUCCGGACACGGGCAAGGCAGUAUUUGAGGGCAUCGAUUACGUGGACACAUGGAAGGCCAUGGAGAAUCUGGUCGAUUGUGGCCUGUGCCAUGCCAUUGGCGUCUCCAACUUCAAUGAGCAGCAAAUAAAUCGACUGUUGAGCGUUGCCAAAUUGAAACCAGUGGUGCUACAGAUUGAAUGUCAUCCGUAUCUACGGCAAAAGUCCUUGAUCACACUCUGCUAUGACAAUGCUAUUGCUGUUACUGCAUACAGCUCUCUAGGGUCGGCGCACACCCCAUACGAAAAGCCAGGUGCAUAUCCUCUGUUAAAACAUCCUGUGAUUCUGGAAAUUGCUGCCAAAUACGAGCGUACACCGGCUCAGGUGCUACUGCGCUAUCAGACACAAUCAGGCAUUAUUGUAAUACCACGUUCCAUUAGCAAGCAUCAUAUGUACGAGAACUUUAAGAAGAUAUGGGACUUUGGUUUGGACAACGAUGAUCUUCAGGCUAUUGACGAUCUUGAUUGCAAUGGGCGUUUCAUGACCAUGAAAGCGGCAUACGGGCAUCCCUAUCACCCUUUUGAGCAAGAAGCGCCAAAGCAAAUGUAAAGACACAACAGCAAGGUGUUAUUUGGAUACAAGAAAUCAUUCGUGUACCUGAUGUCUUAUGUCAAAUUAAUAUACUGAAAUAUGGGAAUCACUAAAUUAGGCUAUUAAGGUUUUUGUUA